AUGGGCCGCCUGUCCGUGCUCUUCCCUCCGCUGCUUCUCCUACUUCUGCUGCUGUCGGCUCGCUCCCUGGGGCUCCGCCGCGCCCUCUCGCUCCGUCCGGGGUGCGCUCCGUGCCGUCCGGAGAGCUGCCUGGCGCCUGCACGCUGCCCCGUGCCCGGGAUCUUGGCGCGCGACGAGUGCGGGUGCUGCACGCGCUGCCCGGGCGCCGAGGGUGCGAGCUGCGGGGGACUUUCGGGCGCGCGCUGCGGCCCCGGGCUGGUGUGCGCGAGCAACUCUGCGGGAUCGGGACCCGAGGGCUCCGGGCUCUGCGUGUGCUCGCAACGCGGCCCCGUGUGCGGCUCCGACGGCCGCUCCUACCCCAGCGUGUGCGCGCUCCGUCUCCGCGCCCGCCUCGCGCUCCGUCUGCGCCCCGGCCACCUGCACAAGGCGCGCGAUGGGCCUUGUCAACUGGCUCCUGUCAUUGUCCUUCCUCCUCGGAACAUUCACAACAUCUCUGGGACACAAGUAUCCCUGUCUUGUGAGGUGAGGGCAGUGCCUGCCCCAGCCAUCAUGUGGAGAAAGGUCACACAGUCCCCCGAGGGCACCCCAGUGCUGGAGGAUCUGCCCGGGGAUCACGUCAAUAUGGCUGUCCAGGUGCGAGGGGGUCCCUCUGACCAUGAGGCCACGGCCUGGAUUGUGAUUAACCCUCUGCAAAAGGAAGACGAGGGAGUAUACCAGUGUCAUUCUGCUAACAUGGCCGGUGAGGCCCAGGCUCAUGGCACAGUGACAGUCACAGAUCUCAGAGAAUAUGGGGUGCCUCGCUUCCCAGCCCCCAUUGGCCUCAUGUAA